CUCUCACCCGGCGGCGCAACGCGGAAGUGCGAUGGCGGCGGCGGGAGGCGGCCCGGGGUCCCAGCCCGCUGCCCAGCGGAGGCUGCGUAUCCUCUCUGGCCACCUGCAGCGCUCGCCGGCGAGCCGGGCGCCCGAGCCUGAGCGGCUCCUCUCCCCGAGCCAGUGCGGGGCGGGGGGCGCAGCUGAGCGGCCGGUCGCGUCCACCAUCCCUAAGAAACGGCAAGAAAUUCUGAAGUGGAAUGGAUGGGGAUAUAAUGACUCCAAAUUUAUAUUUAAUAAGAAGGGACAAGCAGAAUUCACAGGAAAAAGGUAUAGGUUGAGUGGUAUGGUGUUACCUGUUUUGAAGGAAUGGAUGGAAAAAACCUUUGGAGCAAGUCUGGAGCACAAAAUUACCUCUAGAGCUUUCUUAAAUACUAGUGAUGUACCCCCAUCUAUUGUAAAUGAAGAAUUUCUUCAGGAUCUUAGAGCCACUAAAAUUUCAUUUUCACAGGAAGCAGAAGAUAGGGUGUUCAGAGCUCAUGGUCACUGCCUACAUGAGAUAUUUGUGCUAAGGGAAGGAAUGUUUAAACGAAUUCCCGAUAUAGUUGUAUGGCCAGGUUGCCAUGAUGACGUAGUUAAAAUUGUGGAACUAGCCUGCAAACAUAAUCUUUGCAUAAUACCAUUUGGUGGAGGAACAAGUGUUUCUAGUGCUCUUGAAUGUCCUGCAGAUGAGAGAAGAACUAUUGUUUCAUUGGAUACAUCACAAAUGAAUCGAAUUCUCUGGAUAGAUGAGAAAAACUUAACUGCUCAUAUAGAGGCUGGCAUUAUUGGACAAGAUUUGGAAAGACAGCUUGGUGAGAGUGGUUACUGUACAGGCCAUGAACCAGAUUCUAUGGAAUUCAGCUCCCUUGGAGGAUGGGUGGCCACACGCGCAUCAGGCAUGAAAAAGAACAUCUACGGAAACAUUGAAGAUCUGGUGGUUCAUAUAAAAAUGGUAACCCCAAGAGGAGUAAUAGAAAAAAGCUGUCAAGUACCUCGCAUGUCAACAGGACCUGACAUCCAUCAUUUCAUUAUGGGAUCUGAAGGAACCCUUGGAGUGGUUACAGAAGUUACAAUAAAAAUUCGACCAAUCCCUGAAUACAAGAAGUAUGGCUCUGUAGUAUUUCCUAACUUUGAACGAGGAGUGGCCUGUUUAAGAGAAAUAGCAAAGCAGAGGUGUGCUCCUGCAUCAAUUCGCCUUGUGGACAAUGCACAAUUUCAGUUUGGGCAUGCUCUUAAACCACAGGUUGCUUCAAUUUUUACAUCAUUUUUGGAUGGGCUGAAAAAAUUCUACAUCACAAAGUUUAAAGGAUUUGAUCCGAACGAACUGUGUGUAGCUACAUUACUCUUUGAGGGUGACAGAGAGAAGGUUCUUCAGCAUGAAAAGCAAGUUUAUGAUAUCGCUGCCAAAUUUGGUGGUCUGGCAGCUGGAGAAGAUAAUGGACAGAGAGGUUACAUGCUGACAUUUGUCAUCGCUUACCUUCGGGACCUGGGCCUGGAUUACUAUGUAAUAGGAGAAUCAUUUGAGACUUCUGUUCCCUGGGAUAGGGUUAUAGACCUCUGCAGGAAUGUAAAGGAAAGAAUAGUGAGAGAAUGCAAAGAAAAAGGUGUCCAGUUUGCUCCGUUUUCCACUUGCAGGGUGACACAGACUUACGAUGCAGGUGCAUGUGUCUAUUUCUAUUUUGCCUUUAACUACAGGGGAAUUAGUGACCCUAUUCAUGUCUAUGAACAAAUUGAGAGAGCUGCUAGAGAGGAAAUCCUCGCCAAUGGAGGAAGUCUGUCACAUCACCAUGGAGUGGGCAAGUUGCGGAAGCAGUGGAUGAAGGAGAGUAUCUCUGAUGUUGGCUUGGGGAUGCUUAAGUCUGUCAAAGAAUAUGUGGACCCCAAUAACAUCUUUGGAAACAGAAACCUUUUAUAAAACCCGUACUGUCUGAACAUUUCAAAAUUACAAUUACCGUUAUCCCAGUAAUCAAAUAUAACAUGGACUGAAUUUUAAAAGCUAAUCUUUUUUUAUUGGUUUUCCUCCAAUAAAAUGUAAACAUUCACUAUUAACAUUCACAGAUUUACUGACUGUACCCCUAAACCUCUCUUAACACACAACCUGGCAGAGGCACAUCAAGGUAUAUACCUGCUUGCAAAUGCAGAUAUAGCAUUCCAAGUUUGGUUAGGCAGUACAGCCAAUGAUUGUAGUUUCCAUGCUGGAUGAAGCCAGCUGUUCUUCAUUAAAGCAUCCCCUGCAAGAAGAACAAAGACUCACGUUGGUGUUGUCUUCAUAAACAGCUGCUCACUCAGCCUCUUGCUAGAGGAAAGUUGCUGGGAAGCACAUGAGAGGUGGAUUUCACUAAGGGAAUACUUCUGUGUGCUGAAGGGUAAAGCAAGUAGCAGUAUAAAUGUAGGCUUUCUGUUUAAAAGAUGCAACAUGGUUCUGUAGGAUGUUUGGCUUGUCAGUCUCCCUUUCAGCAUUAUUGAAAAUUUUAAAAUCUUUGAAAAGAAUACUUAACUAAAGUGUAGCCUGAGUUGUAUUUGCACUGCUGGGAUGAUCUUCUUUAAUAUGCUAGUCAGUCAUAAGUUUUUGUACAGAACAGCAGACGUUUCUCAUUGUAUAUUAACAGGUUUGUUACAUAAAAUUAUUGCCUUCAUGAACACUGCACUCCUAAUGUGUCUAGUUUCACUUUAUUUUUGUGGAGAUGCAAAAUAAUUCUUUUUUCCCCAAUAGAAAAUGUUUUGGCUAUUUUAAAAUAAAUCUUUGCCCAGCACUGUAUCUUAAAACAGGUCUCAACGGUUUCAAGGUUGAAACAGUUUUAUUAAUCUAAAAUGGAGAAUAUACUGACUGGAAAUGAAGUUUCUAAUUUUAAUUUCUUAUUGGCCUUUCUGAAUUACUGGUUUACAUAACUAGAAGCUGCAAAUGUAGGCCUCCGUAUAAUCAAAAAUAUGGAACUUAUUUUCUUAAACAAUCUGUACAACAAUAUCAGACCUGAAACAAUUUUACAUUAAAACCAGGAUCUUAAAACAAGUGAAAUUAAAAUUUAAAACUGUUUGUCAAUAUUCAUGAUUCAUGUUUUAAGAUGGAUUUUUUUCUUAAAGCAAAUUAUCCAACUUUUGAUAUUUAAAAUAAAGUAUUUAAUCAUAUAGGAUAGUCUACAUUUUGAGUUACUAUCUUUAGCUAAUUAGCUAACUGCUACACAACUCUACGUGGGCAGUUUGGACACCUUUAUAUAAGUAACCUUCACUUGAAAAACCUAAAUUUAAAAUUGAGACAUUUGUGUUUUUAAACUAUUUAAAAAUAAUUAGCUGUCAAUUUUAGUAAUAAAACAUUAAAGAUUAUAUUUUUUAUAAUCUAUAAAUUAAUACCGUAGUCUGAUAACAUAAUUUAAUACUCAUUUUAUUUUAAAUUUACCAUACUUUAUCAUCCUAUUGCUUGAAAAAUACUGCAUAUCUAACCAAAACUUUGAAGCUAUUUUAUAACUAAUUUAGAAUAGCUGAUUAAAAAUCACUUGAAAGACUGACUACCCAAACAGCACUUUCAAAUAUAUGAAUUAAAAAAGAUAGCAAAUUAAAACAAUUCAUUGUAGUCUACGAGUCAUGAAAUAAGAAGUUACUGUGGUAUUUUUAAUGCAGCUAGAAUUUUUUUAAUCUUUGUUUCAUGAAAUUUUAGUUUAAAAAGUGAAUCCAGCCUUCCUGUGUUUUACUUUUAAAGUUUUAGUCCAUGGAGUUCAUGUUUCAGCAGCACCGAAAAAUUUGCAAUCACAGUUAGUGUUAGGGAGCUCUGACUUCCAGCACUAUAUGGGUAAGUGUUCCUUAUUCAACAUGUACAGCAUGUACUUUUCAGCAAAGUGAAUCUGUAAUCUUUCUUUUUUAUGCUGUGGAUUUCUCAACUUUGCAUUCUGUGCAAAUGGUGGUUACAUGUCUGCAGCUGGAAUCCUGCUGACUACUAGUAUCACUCUGUAAUACAGAGGUCUUAAGCUGUAUUAUUUUGCUAGAAGUCAGUAAAUAUGUGCCUCAAUAUACACAGCAUGUCUAACUAUGAAGAAUCAGAUUUAUGAAUGAAUGGAUACAUGAAAAACAUUUUCUUUUUGGAAUAUGACAACACAACCAGAAUUAAAGUAAGAAGGACUUGGUUUCA